GCCCAGCUGGGAGACAGCCGGCUCAGCCCAGAUGUGGGUUAUCUGCUGCUGCACACCCUCUGCCCUGUGCUCUAUGCUUUGGUGGAGGAUGGGCUGAAGCCAUUCCAGAAGGAUGUUAUCACAGGCCAGAGGAAGAAUUCCCCCUGGAGCGUGGUGGAAGCCUCUGUGAAGACAGGCCCCAACACCCGCUCUCUCCACUCCCUGUGCUGGCAUGUGGCUGGGCUGGCCCCUCUCAACAGCACCAGACAGAAGUUUCAUGCCUUUAUCCUUGGCCUUUUGAACAUUAAGCAGCUGGAGCUGUGGAUCUCUCACCUGCAGAAGAGCCCAGGUGUAAUCUCCACAAUGUAUUCACCCACGGCCUUCUUUGCCCUGAGCCAAGGCCCUCUUCCCCAUCUCGCUGAUGAACUGCUGCUGCUCAUCCAGCCCCUCUCGGUGCUGACUUUCCACCUUGACCUGCUCUUUGAACACCAUCACCUCUCCAUGGAUGUAAGACCCUUGUCCCGGCGGCUGGAGUCAGCCCUGUCUCCUGCCCAUCGUGCCGCUCGGGUGCAGGAGGCUGUGCAGCCAUCUCUGGAGGGCCAAGGCAGUGCUGCAGGGGCAAGCCUGGAAGAUGAGCUCUCCCCUGACAGCCUGGGGAGGGCACCCAGUGCGGAGGGCAGCACAAGGGCUCACACAACGGUGCACGGGCUGGUCCCUGGCCCCCAGGUGGGGGCUGCCCUGCAGCAGACCUUCCAGCAGGUGCUGCAGUGGGGCGACCAUCUCAGUCGCACUUUCCUGGGAGCUGAGAGCUCCCUGGAGACCUACAGGCCUGAGGCAGGCUCUCAGGAUGCUGGGGCUGGCCUCAGUGGCUGGUGGGGCCAGUUGAGCCAGGCCUCCAGGAUUUACACCACUUCUAGCAAGGAGAAGUUCCCCUUCGUCUGGUGGACAAAGCUGCGGACGGCUGCAGGGGAUGCCAGCCCCGGCCAGGCUGCGCGACCCCAAACAUCUGUGAAUGAGCCUAGAGGCACAGAGCUGCAGCUCCUUCAGACCAAAGCUGUCCCUGAACUCUCUGGUGCCAAGUCCAGCAGCAGUGCUGACAGCUCUGGGAGCCCUCCUCCUGAAGACCUUAGCCUGCCUGCUGGAGCACCCACCAAACCAGAUGGUCCUGCUGCUGGAGAGAAACUCCUGGCUAUUUCCCCAGAGCUUCAUACAAAUAAGACCUGGGCAGCAGCUUCUGACCCAGAGGCAGGUGGUCCUCUCGGUCCUGACAAGGGCAGUUGGCUGGGUCGGCUCUUCGGAGCCACCAGCCCCUCUGCCAGGAGCUUCCCUCCCAGCCCUGACACCAUCUCAGCUGGAUCCAGGAGACCUUCGAGGUGGCUGUCGCCCAGCACUCGUGUCCUGGCCAUGGUGGUGAAGGGGCUGGUGGCUGAGAAGACCCCUGCUCAAGAGCAGCCAGAGAGGAACACGUCCGACUCACCCCAGAACCAUAGGGCAGUUCGGGCGCUGUGUGAUCACACGGGCACUGCUGAUGGUCACCUGAGCUUCCAAAAAGGGGACAUCCUGCAGCUUCUCUCCACUGUGGAUGAAGACUGGAUCCGCUGCUGCCAUGGAAAUAGCACUGGCCUAGUUCCUGUCAGUUACACAUCCCUAAUUUUGUGA